AGAUGGGCGGUCUCGCGGUUUCCGCGGCCGGAAUCGCAGGAGAGAGAGAGAGAGAGAGAGAGAGAGAGAGAGAGAAGCUUGUUUUCUCCAUCAGAGCAGGUAAGAGUUCGCAAGGAGGAUGACGAAAUCGCCUAUCAAAGCCGUUAAAAGCGAUCCUCCCUCUCUCGUGUAUACACCCAAUCAAAGUCAGUUAGUGCCUUUUGUCUUCUCUCCUUUGUAUUUUCUCUAUACACUCAACUCUCCCAAUAAAUCCCUCUUCCCCUUCUGAGAAAUUGAAGAAAAACCCAUCUCCAUCCCUCCUCCUCUCUCCAUUUCCCAGAAAUGGGUUUUCUCACAGAAACCCUUUUCUGGAUUCUGUUUUCUUUCUGUUCUGUACUUUUAAUGGCGGAAGACACUGUAAAAAAUCCAUCAACGGCCUCAGAUAGCAUUCUCUCACCAAACCCAUCUCCGCCUUCCGCUCAGCCUCCCAAAUCCAAUCUUGCUCCUUUCCGCCCGAGUAUCGCUGUCAUCGUUGGCGUACUCACCACCAUGUUCUCCAUCACAUUCCUCCUCCUCCUCUAUGCCAAGCACUGCAAGCGGUCCUCGGGUGGGGGGAGCGGAUACGGGUCAAAUACCAACUCAGGUUUCGCACCAUCCACGGCCCGGCGGAACUCGGGCAUCGACCGGGUCGUGAUAGAGUCGCUGCCCGUCUUCCGGUUCAGCUCGCUUCGUGGGCAGAAGGAGGGGCUAGAAUGCGCGGUCUGCCUCAACCGGUUUGAGCCGGCGGAGGUCCUCCGGCUACUGCCCAAGUGCAAGCACGCUUUCCACGUCGAGUGCGUUGACACCUGGCUCGACGCCCACUCGACCUGCCCGCUCUGCCGCUACCGAGUCGACCCGGAAGACGUCCUCCUGGUUGAAGAAGCAGAACCCAUCUCAAAACCGGAAGAAGAGACCGGGGAGGAGAAAGCCGGGAAGGCGAACCGGUCGCGAACCGGGACGCCGCAGCUUCAGACCGGGUUCAUUCGGGUGUCGGGCCGGCACUCGUCCGCGGGAGAGAAAUCCAGCGGCUCGCGACCGUUCGAUCCGGACGCGCGCGAGGCGUCUUUCAGGAGGUCUGUCGAUAACGGGAGUCUGAAGGGAGAGGCGGUCCGCCUCGGAUGCUUCGACCGUGCCGGACAGAAGGACGGGGCGCUGCUAACGGGCGCCGCGGGGACAGCCGACCGCAAGCGCUUCGAGCACCGCAUCAUUAUUUCGGAUGUGGGUUCGUUGCAGCGGCGUCGGUGGAGCGAUCUGAAGCCGUCGGAUCUUUUAUUCCUACGGUCGGAGAUGAUCCUGACAGACAGCGGGCGGUACUCGCUAUCCUGCGCCAGGGCGCCGUGUUCGUCAGCCACGUCAUCCAAGCACCCUCUGCAGCUGCAGUCGCAGAGGCGGGAAGACGUGCGGCUGAGCGUGGCAGAUGACAUUGAUGGAACCAGUGGCAGGAGCGUAAUAAAUUCGAGAUGCGUGUCCGAAAUCACGGGCUUGAGCAGGCUCCGCCGCGAAGAGGAGGAGAAGGCCGUGAAGAGAUGGUUGGGUUUCGAACCACGUCGUACCGGCAACAGCUAGUGUGUCAGGAAAAAAGAACUGUUGGGGAUUUUUUUUAAUCGAACACCCUUCGCUAUUCGUGGGAAUUACGAUCCUGGCACUGCGAAGCGUGAUAGAAAGGACCACGGACAGGAGCCCGGGUCGAGAAUGAGAGAAGCUUCAGCUCAAACGGUUCGAAUCACGUGACGGACCGGCACGAGCGUCUCGGAAAUCCCAGUGCGUGCACUUUUGGCAGCGAGAGAGACGCGAUUCAUACUCGCGAGAGUUGAACCUGGAUACCUUUCUUCCGACACGUUCAUGCCUGAUCGGAACCGUUCAUCGCAGUCUUCAACUAGCCUUAACCACGGGAGUAACCGACGGCUGGUAAUAAUUGGCAGGAAGUCCACAUCAUCCAACGUACGUGAUCGACCAACCUGAUUACUGGGUACUCCUAAUUUCAAGCCAGGAAAACUGUCAAGUGGGCCCCACACGAUCUGCAUGGAGCCUACAAUCGGAAUGGAGACUUGAAUAGUAAAUAGUUACUCGCGCGAGUAGAGCAGAAAUACCCCUACUUUCGAGGUGAAUUAGUGACUGCGAACUGAUUACUUUAACUUCCAAACCGGGCGUAUCGUAACGUGCCGUAUCGGCAUGGGGAGGCCUUCGUAUCGGAUCGGGUUCGAAGUAAAAGACAAAAAGAGCGUCUGUUGAGAUUUCUUUUAUAAAAAACGGCGACACAUGGGGUGUGUGUGCAUUGCAUGGGGAGCUUUGGAGGCGAUUUUCUAUUAUUUUUUAUUUUAGUAUAUUUUUUUUAUGGGGGGGACAUGGAAGGGACGUAACGUGUCGGGUGGUAUCGUGUCGGCUUCUUAGCGGAACGCCUUUGUCGGGUUCGGGGCUGGGAUAUUUUUGGUGCGUUUGGAACCGUCGUUUUCUAUUUUGAUGAGGCGUGUCUUUGGUUAGGAUUGUCGGUUGAAAAGUAAAGGGGUUCGAUAUUUAUGGUGAUAUGACUCUACCAAAAAAAAUGUACUACGUGUUUCCGUUUUUCUUGAA